AUGGACUCUACGUUCUUCGGGAACCAACUCCUGACAAUCCUGAUAAAUCCUACAAUCUCCAACGGGCUCUUCGACGCCAUUUUACCAACAAGUCACGUGGUACCAAUCCCCCUGGAGCCUAUUCCCCCCAGAGGCAUCUAUACGGAGAAGGGGCUCAGGGCCGUACUCAGCUACGAGAUGAAUAAUGAAGAGUUUGAUCUGAACAAACAUGAAACAGAAUCCCUGAUAACCAAACUGAAAGAGGAACUGGGAAUAGAAAAAUCAAGAUGUGAUUCUUCAGCCGGACUUUCUGACAUAUUGUCAAGACGAGAAUACCAAACCAAACCAAACAAACAUGCCAAACCAAACCAAACAAAGAAAAGGAAAGAAGAAUAUUUGACGGAAAAUAUAACGGAAGCAGAACUGGGUAAAUAUACAACAACGAUGGAGGAAAUUAUUGCUUCUCCAUCUCCUAGACCAUCUCCUAGACCUUCUCCUAGACCAUCUCCUAGACCUUCUCCUAGACCUUCUCCUAGACCAUCUCUUUCGCCAAAAUCACCAAGUCCCAAAAAAUCAGCAAACCUUCAAAAAACCCGAUCCAAAUCUACUACUGUCAAUCCUCCGGAACAGAGAGAUUCAAAUAAAGGAAACGAAAAACUUUUUGGAAAAACUUCAGCAAAAUCAGAUUUAAAAGGAGGAAAAAAUUUGUUGAGUGGUGGAGUAGAUAUUUCAAGAUUCAACGUGUCUUUCAAUGCUGGAGCUGGAGCUACGAACAUCACGGAAAGGAAGAAGAGUUCUGUUUUGAAACGGCUUGCAGCUAAUGCAGCUGCUGCUACUUCCAAUACUGCUUCUAAAAAACCAGAAGAAGAAGAAGAAGAAGAAGAUGAAGAAAAAGAUUAUUCUUCCCAGGCAUCAAGUGAUGAAGCUGAUGAGGUGGAAGAAGAUGUUGAAGAAGACGAGGAAGAUGAUGAUGACGAAGAUGUAUCCGAUGAAUCUGACAUUCAUACAGAAUAAUCUAAUCCUUGACUAUGUCGCAUGGUACAAGAAUUUUUCCGUUAAGUUGUACCGUAGAUUAGCUCAGUCGUACCGACCAGUCUAUGACUACCCGGUGGAAAGUCGACCCAGCACGUUUUAUACAAGAACUGUAGGCAGACAUUUACAAUCUUCAAUAUCAAAAAUUUUAUAUCUUGAUGAAUAAUCUAUUUAUCGAUAACCCUCCCUGUUUAGACUGCAUUUAUCUAAGACAAUUUUACACCAAAUUGUGAGACCCAUAAUAAUUCUUUGAUUCAGUAUAGUGAUACCUACUGAGAAAGCUGUAAUCUGUAAGAGUUUCGUCUGC